AUGUCAACCGGAACCGAGGCUGAGGACAGCGGGAGGGAAGGUGGAGCCGAGGUGUUGACAAAUACAGAGGUAGAGAAUGAGGAUGAGCUGUCCGUAGAUGUACCUCCAGUAAUCGUGCUGCAGUGGAUGGUCAGAUUGGAGUCUGUAGACCAAGAUGCAUGGGUACCACGCGUACGGGCGACUCUCCACUACAUGCAGUUGACAAAGACCAGCGCCACAGUAGCUAGGCCUCAUCCGAACAGCGUAAAGAAAGCUUCUUCAAUACUGGAUACUACAUGGCCUGUUCGGUUGGGCAUUGUAUUGAAUACAACGGCCAGCAAAACCAAGUAUUGA